UGUGUCGAAUGGUGAGAUCCAACACGUUCCAACCCAGCUGACCUCAAGCUUGUCCUUCUGCCUCAGAGGGAACCUACCCUUGACCCUCAUUCCCAGUGGCUUCCAGUUAAGGCGGGGCAUCCCUGGGAGGAAAGAGGCAGGACCAGUUCUGCCUCUCGGCGUAGGGACGGCCUUUCUCUCCCACCCUCUUCGCUUACCUCUCGGUCUUUCCUCCACCCUUUCUGCCAAAGUAAGCAGCCUGCCUUUAUCUCCUGUUAAAAAGUGCUAACAAGAUUGUUUCUGGCACGGCGCCCCGUUCUGUCCAGAAAGGCAAACACGUUGGUGGAAAGCCAGGCGUAGCUGCCUCAUGGCUCUCAACACACAGCUGUCUCUCUUCACCGGAGCUGGGCUUUAAUCGGCAGGCUGGGAUGGAGAACUUGAGCAACAUCUUCAAGCAAAAGGCCACCGAGCAGCAUCACAGAGCUGAGGUCAUGAUCGCAGGAGAACAGCUCAGGCUCCGUCUUCAUGAUGGCAAGCUUAUAAAGGAUCGCCGUUAUCACCUCCGCACCUACCCGAAUUGCUUCGUGGCCAAGGAGCUCAUCGACUGGUUGAUCGACCACAAAGAAGCCCCUGACCGUGAGACAGGCAUCCGGCUGAUGCAGAAGCUCAUGGACCACGACAUUCUUCACCAUGUCUGUGACGAACACUCGGACUACAAGGACGCUAAGCUCCUCUAUCGCUUCCGCAAGGAUGAUGGGACCUUCCCGCUCAACAAGGAAGUCAAAGUGUUCCUGAGAGGACAAAGCCUCUACGAGACGCUGAUCGGCAUGGACAACUCCAUUCUCAAAGCCAGAGAAGAGAACCUGGUUAAAUACCAGAGGAGCUUUUUGGGGUGUGAGAUGGUGGACUGGCUGGUGGAGGAAGGGGAGGUCGCAAACCGGAAGGAAGCUACGGAACUCUGCCAAACCCUCCUUGAACACGGGAUCAUCCAGCACGUCUCCACUCCGUGCCAUUUUGAUGACCGGGAUCUCCUCUACCAGUUUCGUAUCAAUUUCCGACGAAGGAGGCGACUCACUGAACUGCUCAGUGAAAGUUUGCAGAGGACCCUUUCGGACAGUCCGGAUAGUCCCUUCUGCCUCCGAAAGUUGAACCCUGAGCAAGACCCCUCCAGCUUCCUGUCAGUCCAAACCAAUAAGGAAAUCAAAAUUGUCUCAGCUGUCCGAAGAAGCAGUGUGACUUCAUUGGCUGGAGGAUCCAGUUUCUAUUACAACCUCUCCCCAAACCUGGGACAGGUGCCGGCUGUUGAGUGCAAUCCUAAAUCGGUCUUGAAGAGACCCAUCACCAACGAAGAGCUUUUGACACCCGGGGCACCUUAUAUCAAGAAAACACUGACAAUUGUAGGUGAUGCAGUUGGCUGGGGUUUUGUAGUCCGUGGAGGUCAGCCAUGCCACAUCCAAGCUGUAGAUCCAGGAGGACCAGCUGCUGCUGCUGGCAUGAAGGUCUGCCAAUUUGUCUACUCAGUGAAUGGAAUGUAUGUUUUACACUUGGAUUAUCAGACGGUGAGCAACCUCAUUGUGACAGGACCUCGGACUCUUGUGCUCGAAGUUAUGGAAGAAGAUGAAUGAAGUCCCUCCCCCCCGUCUCCCCAACAUUUUCAGAUCAGCCCCCACUUUGCCAGCUGUGGAAGAGCCAAUCCAUCUCCCUGAACCCUAAAAACAUUGGUGGGUCCUCCCCCCGCACCUUAUCUAUUACUUUCUCAACCUCAGCAAGCUAAAGAUGUAUGGACUUCAUGGCUGGCUGGGGAAUUCUGGGAGUUGAAU